AUGGCAUCAUCAUUCAUGUAUAUCCAAGUCAACUAUACAAUCAAGUGCCUCAAGCGUGUGAUCAAGGAAAAGGUAGCAGCUAGUGAACCCACUCAAGAAGCUCAAGACAAGUUUGUGCAAGCAAUCAAAAAGGGCCUCGAGACCAUGGUUUGGAAACGAGGAGGUAUGCGUGUGUAUAAUCAGGAUCAUCAUUUUGUCAUGCGAUCGAUCAUUGUUAUCAUUCUGGUUGCAUCUGCAUUAUGGUCGAGUACUGUCACACGCUUUUGGUGGAAGAUGCGUAGCGUCAAGAAUCUCAAAGACUUUAACACGUACAAGAUGGUGUAG